AUGUCAAAUCUUUUAAUGAGACUUAAAGACCCUUUUGUUGGUGAACAUAUUGACCUUGAGCCAGAAUACCACAAAGAUUUCUCGGAAUUAUUCCCGGCAAUUGCACAAAGUAUCGCUUUGUUACCACAUGAUUUGAGGAGCUUGGAAUGGUUCGGAAGUCACACAGUUGCCGACAAGACUAUAGAUUCACAAAUAGAAGAAAUAUCGUCCUUAAUUGCAAUGUAUGGUUAUUAUUCGGACGGUCUUGAUCGCGUGAGAAAAGUUUUAAAAGAUAUACAAGACGUUUGUAAAGCAAAAACAACAAAUUAA